UUUAUCUUGUCAUUAUCAGUCAGCAGCAGUUUCCUGUGGUGUUUGUUUGAAUGUCAAAUGGUGUUGAGCAGGCAGUACCAAGUUCACAACUGUUUGAGUGUCGGACGUGUGGCUUUAUCUUCUCUCUCUUGGAAGGACACUUCACUGGCUGGGUGGCCAUGGUGCUGCCUCACCGUCCUCUCUACCUUCUCCUCCUCUUCCUCGCUUCCACCCUUGCCUUCCACCAUGACCCCUGGCCUACUGUGGCCGCGGCAGGUCCGAUCCUGGAGGACCGACCCUUCGUGGUGGUGUGGAACAUGCCCACGGCACAGUGUCGAGACCGCUACAACAUCCACCUGGACCUGAGAGACUUUGAUAUCGUGGAGAACCGAGAGCAGCUCUUCCAGGGACAGAAAAUGACCAUCUUCUACCGUGACCACCUGGGACAGUAUCCGUACAUCUCCCGAGAUGGCAGCAUGGUGAAUGGAGGGAUACCGCAGCUUGGAGACCUCUCAGCUCACCUUGCCCUUGCAUUAUCGCAGAUGUCCGCCUUGCUGCAACCAAACUUCAGCGGUUUAGCUGUUAUCGACUGGGAAGAAUGGCGGCCAUUGUGGGAGAGAAACUUCGGAGACAAAAUGGAGUACCGAAGGCUGUCCAAGAAGAUAGUUAGAGAGGAGAGACCCGAUUUGUCAGAAAUGGCCAUAAAAUCGUUGGCAAGGCAAAGGUUUGAGGAGAGCACUCGCAAAUUCAUGGAGGAGACGCUGCGGUUGAUGGUCAGAGAGCGUCCGAAGGGACUCUGGGGCUUUUAUGGUUUUCCUGCCUGCUUCAAUAAGCGUAAGAGACAGACAGAUAAACGCUACACAGGACGCUGCCACAGGGGGACCAAAAGACGAAACAACCGGCUGUCCUGGCUCUGGUCUCAGUCCACCGCUCUCUAUCCCAGCAUCUAUCUGCCACCGAGGCUGGCAGGAUCCACAGAUGCAGCUAUGAUGGUCAGACACAGACUGCUUGAGGCUUUGAGGGUAGCAUCACAUUGGCGUCAUGGCAACAGCACCAGUCAUGCCACACCAGUUCUUCCUUACGCCCGGCUAGCAUUCACACACACUCUCAGGUUUCUUAAUAAGACAGACCUCAUGCACACACUGGGGGAGAGUGCGGCACUGGGAGCUGCUGGAGUGGUGCUGUGGGGAGAGCUGAAAUUUGCCAAAUCUGAGCGUCAGUGCAUCAUUCUCAGAGACUACAUACGCACUGUCUUGGGUCCCUUCACAAGGUCACUGAGGUCUGGCACCCACCGCUGCAGCCUCCAACUUUGCCAUGGCAAUGGACGCUGCGCUAGGCGGCACCCCACCUCUGGUCACAUGGUCUCUGACCCUAAUGAAGAAGUCAGUGGCAAACUUUUUCAGGACCACUUCAUGUGUCAGUGCUACCCAGGGUGGACUGGACAGGAGUGUGAAGAGAAGAAGAAAGACGAAGAAGGACAGAAGAACUCAAACGUUUCUUUCAAGGCGCGGUCAGUCAGCGCUCAUGGCACGACAUUUUCAGAGAUGUGAGGCCUCCACAUCAUUAGACUUAAUGGAUUGACAGUUCCCUGUAGUAAUGUCAAAAUAAAUUAAAAUGAAUAAGUGCA